GAGUGUCCAUGAAUCCUCCCUCUUUGUAAAAUUAGCUAAUAAUAAUGUAAAACUUAUCUUAUUCUCUAAUUGCUUCUGCAACUUCUAUGUGUAACAAUGUCUUCUUCUUAUUAUUCCCCUAAUUCAUCUAAUUCUUCUCCUAAUCCUCUAUUUCCCUCUAUCUAUCCCAAAUCAUCUCUAUCCUUAGAGACUCAAACUGUUCCUGAUAAUCCAAUUUGUAGUGAGUUCACUACAAGUAGUAUCAGAUCAGUUGAUCAUGAGACUGCUACCAUGGUUAACAAAGCUACAGUAGAUAAAUCUUCACAACUAGAAGAAGAAAUUUCAAAGAAACAGGAUUAUUUUCAUAGAUUAAGGAGAGAAAAUCACGACGAAUCUUCAUUGGAGUUUGAAAAGGCUUUUAAUGAUCUCUUCUUAACUAUUCUGAGAAAAAAUCAAAACCAAAAUGAUACAGACUCCGAUCAGGAUACUAAGGUCAUCGUUGGUACCGGUGUUGAUUCUCAAUUAGGUACUGAUACAAGAAUCGUGAAGUUCGGAUUUGAAAACAUCGGUUUAAUUGAAUCCGAGUUUAUUGAGCCGAAGCUGACCAAGGACGAAGUUGAUGUUAAUUUGAAAUCAAUUUCACUUGACUCUGCAGAUGAUUUAAGUUCAGUAAGAGAAUCAAUUCAAAAUUAUUCAACUUUUGGUACAACAGAUGAAGGUAAUUUUCAAUCUAAUUUUAAAUAUGUUUUCUCUGUAACCAAUGGAUCUAGUGCUGAAGUUCAGGAAUACAUGGAGCAAUUGAAGUUUCUAGAUUAUCAAGAAGGUAAACCCUUCGUUUCUCAACAUAAUUCUCUUAAUAUUGUUUUGGAUUCUCAAGUUAGAAGGGUUACAAAUGCUGAGGUAAAGGAUUUCAACUUGUUACAUCAGAAUGCCAAUGCUGAAUCUCAGCAGUUUGAAGAUCAAAAGUUAAUUACAUAUGAUAACCUUAAUCAAUUUACUUCUUACAUAUUCCAAAUUCUCAAGGUAUUUUCCAGACUGCAAAUUAUAUCUAGUUCUGAUUCUGUCUGUAUGCUUUUUGAUUGCGGUAAAGAGUUUGUAGUCUGUGAGAUGUAUUCUUAUUGUGCUAGAAGAAAUUUGAAAUUAUGUCUUGAGACACUUUCUUCUUGUUUGAUUAUCCCAAUGGAGAAAUAUGAUGAGGAAUCCUAUUAUGAGCUUAUUCUUCAGCAUGGGUGCCAAUUGGAUUCCAAAUUUAUGAAUUCAGUUGUGUUUGUAUUGGUAAAAGAUAGUGACAGUUAUAAUGGUGAGAAUCUGUUUGCAAGAAUGUACGACAGAGAUUGCAUCACCAGUUAUGCUUGUGGUCGUUUGUUGUUUGAUCAAUGUAGAAUACAUCAGACCAAAUUGUGGAAUUCUUAUUUAGAGGUGCUAGUGGCAUCAAGUUCAGAAUUAUUUCAUACAUUACUUAAUUACAUGAGAAGCAAUGAUUAUGAGCUGGAUUAUUUGAAUGUAAAUAGUUAUGUAAUUGGUGUGGCUGAAGUGCUUGUGAAAACAUCUCAAGGACAUAAUGAAGAUGGUGAUACAUUGAUUGUUGGAAGGGUAUUUGAUCGAGGAAGGAUGUUGAAAUCGAGUUGGAAUAGUUCUAAAUUCUGCUUGAAUACUCUUAGUUCUGGUGUGUUUUUUCUUAUGGUGUCAGCCUGGAUGAAUGAGUAUACUGGGAAUUUUGUUUAUGAGCAGCUUAACGACUCAAAGAUGUUCACUGUCACCAACAACAAAUUUUCAAGUGUAAAGUGGGUUGGAUGUAGCCUUGACCUUGCUCGAACAUUAUUUGAUCGUGGUAAAGAAUUUUACGUACUUAUAAGUGGGUAUUCAGUAUAUGAGCUAGAUCUGGAACUUGGGCUCUGUUGUGAUUUCUUAUUCAAGUAUAUGAAUAUGUUUUGUUUGUUAAGUGGGGAUUGUUGUGAUGCUAGCAAGCUGAAUUAUGAAAAGUCGCAACAGGGCAGUAUCGUUUGGACAGUUUUGAAUCGUUCGACCCUUCAAGUGACAAGGGUACGUGAGUACAGAAAUGUACCAGAAAGGUUCAGUCAAGUGCUUGUUAAAGAUGACAGUCGUUCUACACAGAUGGAAGAGGCUUGUAAGAAGUUCAUGGGGCAAGAAAUACUCUCAACCAAUACCACUAUGCUACUAGUGAAGAUGUUAAACUUUGUACAGCUAAACCUAUGGAUUUUCUUAUUAGAUAUUGAAUUAUCCUUACUUUGGAGGCCUUCACAUAGAUUACCUAUUGGUAAUAAGCUCCUGAAUGUUAGUUCGAUGAAGACUAAUAGUAACACAGUAGAGAAAGGUGAUUUAUCGAAGAUUCUUGUACAAAAUUUAGGCGGCAACAUUGGAAUUCUGUCACUAAAUACUGUAGCUACAACCUGUGAUGAGUUCUCUACAGAAAGGCCUAGAAGUAUUCUUCCGUGGGUGAGUUUCUUCUUGCCCAGUUUCUUGCAUACAUCUACUAUGAAUGAUAACCAUAAUACCCGAAGAAAAUCUAUGAAGGAAACUAUUAUUCCUGGCUUGUUUGUUUUCAACACCUUUGAGGAUACUAGGAGAAUUUUUUGGCUCAAGAGAGGUUAUAGAGGAGUGGAACGCUAUGCAAGAAGAAAGGAAAUCAAGGGAAUGCUCGCAAAGGCUUGUGCUGGUGAAAUCAGUGGACAUGAAUGGUUGGAAGAAAUGCUUAUGGGAGUUGGUUGUUCUCGUACUCAGCUAAGAGUUGCAGUUUUGAAGUUAACUGUCAUAUUGAUUAUUCAAAUAUGCAGUUUAUUAUAGGAUAUUAAAGUUGUUUGCGGUGUUCUACUUAGUGUGAGCACAUCAGAAAACACAAUUCAGUUAAAUUAGAUUGUGCAUGAUAUUGUGAAGGGUAUAUAUACCGUGGUACUGAUAGGACCAGUAUUUUUCUCUUAUAUACUCAAAUCCAGAUGGGAAAUUGAAAUUGCUUCCUGGGAGCUAUCACUGCAUAUCGCAUUUUCAACUCCUGAUUCAGCUAAGUCUCGCAUCACCAGGAUUAUUAUACACAGAUUUGAAUGGCUACUUCUCUACGAGUUAGUACAAGUCACCAUAACUGUACAACUGGUUCAAGGGAAUAAAUGAAUUUAUUCAUCUCACACAGUGACCAGGUGGAAUACUUAUUAGUCAAGGUUUUGUCAGCCGCCAACAAGGGUGAUUACGGGAAGUUGAUUUUGAAGCCAAAGUCCUCAUCAAUUCAAUUAAUUGGCACUAACAUGUAACUGGCUUGUUACACCAUUUCUGAAAUUGAGGUUGUCACUGCAGAGAGGAAGGGAUACUGUGCAUCUCAAGACAACCUAAUAUUGGUCGAGUUGUUGUCCCAUAGAGGUUUUCGAGGGCUCGAUUGUACUUACACAAGUACUAACGGCAUCAACUUUACAAGAUGGGCUCUGCGAGUACAAUACCUUCUUAUAUAUGACAAAGGGGAAUUACUUAAACUCGAGUACUGGCUUACUUCAUCAUUCUUCAAAGUGCUUGUACAAUCAGUUGCCGUGCCAAUUUUGAAGUGGGGACGAAGUCAAAUUCUUAUUGUAGUGGCAGUAGCUGGAUCUGCAUUGAUCGAGAGUGUUUCUUAUCCUCCAUCCUUGAGGACAAGGAUGAUUUGGAGGGGUGGGUAUUUUUCAUGUCCCUCAUGACUAGUAUGUUUGGUUAUGGGCCACCCAAUUGGGGCACCCCCUUGUUAGGUGUAGUUAUCCUUAUCACGAGUAUCUUCCCUUCCACGUCGAGUAUUUCCUUUAUAUGCAGUACCGGUACCAUUUGUAAAAUUAGCUAAUAAUAGUGUAAAACUUAUCUUCUUAUCCAAUUGCUUCUGUAACUUCUCUGUGUAACAAUGUAUUCUUCUUCUUCUUAUUCCCCUAAUUCAUCUAAUUCUUCUCC